AGCGGGAUUGUACUCGGGGUUGCUCUGGGUGCUUAGCUCGGACUGAUCUGCGAGGGGUGUCAUUUACAGCUUCUAAACAGAAAGCAUGUGGUUUGUUGGAUGAUGCGGUUUCCCAGGGCUGAAGGCGGUGUAAGUUUAUUUAAUGCUUCCUGCUUCACAGAGAGUCGCGAUGAUAUCUAGAAUGUCUGUGCUUCUCUACAUCUGGAUGGCAGCCUGCGCCUUGGUGUUCGGUCACGGAGCUCUUCCGCCAACACUUGAGCAACUUUAUCUGCACCGGCCAGAUGGAGGAACAUGUGAAGUAAUAGCUGCACACAGAUGCUGCAACAAGAAUCGCAUUGAAGAACGAUCGCAGACUGUAAAAUGCUCCUGUCUGCCUGGGAAAGUGGCUGGGACAACUAGAGCCAGACCAUCUUGUGUUGAUGCUUCCAUUGUUAUUGGGAAGUGGUGGUGUGAGAUGGACCCUUGUGUAGAAGGAGAGGAAUGCAAAACAUUACCAGAUAAUUCAGGAUGGAUGUGUGCUUCUGGUAAUAGGGUCAAGACCACAAAGAUCCAUCCAAGAACCUAAAAUCUGGACUCCACACUAUGCUGAAAGAUCCUCGAUGGAAGACAGCCAUUAUGAAGGACAGUAAGUUGAAUCACUGAAGUCACAUCAGAACUUACUAUGUAAAAGUGAAGUACUACCAGAAGCAUUCCUGGGCCACCUGACCUGAACUCGGUACUUGCACAAUGACUGCUCUUCAUUCUUACUGAUGAUGGUGCAUAGACAAUGUAAAACUCUAUCUUUAUUCAGUGAGUUACAACAACAUCAAAUACGCAACGAUCUUGGGUGUUGACCUUUUACACUGGAAUUCUUCAACAUGAUGCAACUUUUACAUCCUUCGUUGACGCUUUCCCUUUGAUCUGGCACUGUCCGCCCAAAGAAGCAUGGAGUUAAGACAGCUCCUAUCGUCAGCGGGUAUACAUUGCCGACUGAAUAUAUUAAAUUCUAUUUCAGAAGAGAUAUUACAGAUAAACAGCCUGAAAUAGGAAAGAGCCUGAUUUAUUUCCAGAGAACAUGCGGUCCAAUUCUGCAAUCAAUUACAGCCAUUUCUAUAACUCCCAUAUGGUUCCAUCAAGCAUUAAUAGCACGCUGGCUUUGCUCAAUAUACUCUGUCUGACCAGAGGACAAUGAUAUGAAAAACUGCACAAAAUUCACACAUAACCUUCACAUGGAAUGUUAAAAAGAACUUGUUCCAGCCUUUCCAGAUGUAAAGCAGCAAGGUUAUAACCAUAAGAUACUGAUGUGCAGUGACAGUACCAGUUACUUUGCGUGGUCAUUGUAAUACAUGGGUUUCUCUCUUUGUAUUCAAGAGAGCUGUACAUACGUGAUUACUUUGUAUUAUUAGUAUGGUCUACAGUAAAUUAAACUGUUUACUCUUAUGGUGGUUGCUCAUUUUUAUUAGCAGAUCAAAAAAGUAAUUACCUUAAACUUGAAGCUUGCAGGAAGCUUGACUGUGCAAUAAGUGAUGCACUGUUCACUGAAUCACAUCAGAGAGAGUCAACCUACAUCAAAGUAACUUAAAGCUGAUUGAAAUGAUUGAACUGGGAACAUCUGAUGGUGCUUCAUUCACCCAAUGCAUUUACCGGAGCUAUUUUGCUUACUAGAAAGAUGAUGUCCUGUGUGACAUUUGUAUUGUAAAACAUC